GCGCGUGCGAGACACAGAGCUGGCGCUAGCUACAGCCACACACAGCUGAAAACAGACAACACGGUUUCUUUUCAAUUUCUUCUCUUCAGAACUGAAAAGAGAACGUCUGAAGUCUGCACUAACGAUGCGGGACUCAGUCUUCAACUGCUGUUUUAACCCCCCUCGUCCUCCAGGUGUAAUGGAGGAGCCCCACUGGCAUGGCAACAGAGCACACACCCUGCCCCCAAAUGAUCGGCGUUUUCUGAUCUUUUUUGAUUUUGACGAGACGCUUGUGGACGAGUGCAGCGAUGAUGCCAUGGUUACGGUGGCUCCUGGUGGUUCUCUGCCCUCUUGGCUGAAAGACACGUACAGGCCGGGCAGGUACACAGAGUACAUGCAGCGGGUCUUUUCCUACCUCGCUGAGCAGGGGGUCACUCCCUCAGCUAUCCGUAAUAUCAUAGAACGUCUUCCACCAUGCCCAGGCAUCCCUACCCUGCUGCGCUUCCUGAUGUCAUGCCCACCACAGGACUUUGAGGUCAUUUGUGUGUCUGAUGCCAACACUGUGUUUAUUGAGACAUGGCUGCAGAACCUUGGCUUUCACUCGCUUUUCAUGCGCAUCUUCACAAACCCAGCCCAUUUUGAUGAGAAUGGACAACUUCAGCUCCGCCCCUUCCACUCCCACGACUGCCUGCGGUGUCCAGUGAACAUGUGCAAGGCUGAAAUUGUGCGACGAUACGCAGCUCAGCGGGUGCACGAAAGAGGAGGCAGGCGAUACCAAAGAGUGCUGUACGUUGGUGAUGGUGCAAACGACUUCUGCCCAUCGCUAACGCUGGCGCCAGGUGAUGUGACAUUUCCUCGGCAUGACUUCCCCAUGCACAGGCUGAUCCAGGAGAUCCACGAGGCCAAACCCGGAGAGUUCAAAGCCAACGUAGUGCCUUGGAGCAAUGGAGAGGAUAUCGUCAACAAGCUCAGGAAACUCAUGGAAGAAAGGGCUUAAAACGUGGCUGAAAUGCAUAAACAGGAACAUACAUAAAUCCUAAUUCUUGACACAGUUGCGUUUAAUAAUUAUCACGCACACAGAUACAAAAAUAAGGAGGCGAUGUGUUGGUGUAAGCUGCUGUUACACUUACCCAAAGCCAAGUUUGUCUCUUCGUUUUCAGUGGUCAAAACCUUUUUAUAGUUCAGAGAUGAAAAAGUUGUCUGAAAGAACUCCUGGUUCAUGUGAAAUAUGGUAAGAACCUAUAUUUCACUCUUAAAGACGUUUCCUCAAAGUUUUUUAAAUAGUUGAAUUUUUGGUAUCUGCUUAUUUAGCACAAAAGUCUCUUAGCACAAGUUCUAAAGUCUCUUAGCACCACUCUAGGUUCUUAAGCACAACUCUGGAUUAUGGUCACAAUAAUCGAAAAAAAAUACUCAUUUUGAUAUAGGAAGGGGUUUAUUAUGAUUGCUUAGGGACUGGAAGCUGGAAUUUCUGCUGCUGUGCAUGUUAAGUGUGGAAAUGCAUCUAUAGCCACAGUGUUGCUGCGACGUCAAAACAUCAGUUUCACGUGGCAAAGUUAGGCCCCGGUCACACCGCCCGAAUUUUGCUGGAGCGUUCCUUGAACGGUAGGGAGGGGGGGCCAAAUUUCGACAACGCUCGUCACCGCGCACAAAAUGGGAAAAAAAUCGAAAACACGGGUAUUGGCUUAGCGGUGCACCGCUGAAGCCGGCGUUGCUUUAGCGUUGGUUUAGCGGUGACGCGAGCGUUGGUAUAGCGGCGUUCUGCGCAUGCGGGCUUUGCCUCGGCGGGGGUAUAAAGUUGGUUUAGCACCAAUCAUAGCAAGUCUCUCAGCAUCCAUGGUGAUACAGUUUUACUGUAACUUUGAGCAAAUUCGAUAUAGAUGAGGUCUGAACUCAACGGCAGCUCGAUUCCAAAUGAGCUCCUGGUCCAUUUCUCCCCGUAUUUAUAGCCAAAUUCUGGUCCCGCUCCGACACCUCUAUACCAACGCCAAACCAAAGUUCAUCGCUGCCAUGGAUAGCUGCUUCAACGCUCGACACCGUUCCAGCAACCCCAUGUCCGCUCGUAAAACGCUUACAACCGCUCCACCGAAGUUUGUGCAACGUUUAAUCGUCGCCCGGGCAACGCUGGCGAAGCAGCGGUGGUCCAGCGUUCAAGAUUUCUGCGUUGGCCUAGCGGACCCAAGCGUCCACGAACUUGCGUCUAGCGGUGCCAAACUUUGACUGGGCGUUGGUGGAGCGGGGGUGAACUUUGCCGGGGCGGAAAAUUGCCCCCUCCUCACCGCUCGCAAUAUUUUGUGCAGCUCAAAACUUUCGGAGCGGUAGGAGGGCCCCUCGAGAAACAUCAGCGGUGGCCGAGCGUAUACGGCGUUGCUUUAACGGGGGCCAACUUUUGUUAAACGGUGGUGAACGGUUACGAGUGGUGAUGAAUUUUUUUCACCGCUCCAGGAACACUCCAGCAAAGUUCGGGCGGUGUGACCGGGGCCUUAAGUUUUAAUUACUUGUAAUGCGACUUUUCUCAUGAUAAAUUUCACCUUCACAAAUAAUUUUUCUCAACUUAUUGGCAUGUACAUGCAAAUCUUGGGAAAAGUUCAUUUCCUUUUCUCUAGCAGUGUUUCUCUUUAUCUUCAUUAUUUUCUUCCUGCUGUUACCGAUUUUUACACAACUUUCAGGACAUUUACCGACAUUUUCAGAUACCGGAUUUUAGUGGCAUCGCCAAGCCGAGCGAUCUAAAACUGUUGCUGUAAUAACAAUGGGAUAGAUGGUGAAAAUUUUCACUUGUUCUCUUUAAAUUGAGCACUCAGUUAAGUAGCCGAUAAGAGUUUCUAAAAGAAAGCUGUGAUCCGUCCGAUAAGUUUAAAAACGGGUGGUCACGUAACUACAGAUCAUUCUAUCACUACUAGAUUACGCAGAGAUAAAGAUUAAGUGUUCUUGGACCUUGUGCUUAAGAACUUGGAGUUGUGCGAAGAGACUUUGGAUUUGUGCUGUAAACCGAAAUUUUCACUCAUUAAGGAGGUUUCACUCAGAACCGUCUCUGAAAGGGAAACACUCUGUUUUCGAGUUCUACAUACAAGCUUUAAGGUUUUCUCUGGAGGAACAAACUGAAACAACAGUAAACGUUCUUUCUUUAUUUGACCUUUUUUCCGAGUAUAUGUUCUACUAUGGUGGCACGGUGGUGUAGUGGUUAGCGCUGUCGCCUCACAGCAAGAAGGUCCGGGUUCGAGCCCCGUGGCUGGCGAGGGCCUUUCUGUGCGGAGUUUGCAUGUUCUCCCCGUGUCCGCGUGGGUUUCCUCCGGGUGCUCCGGUU